CUUACAUGUCGUGCUGGGCACCGGUGGCGCUGGUGUUCUCCAGGUUGGUUUCGGGCGCAUCCUUUCUGGUAGUCCCAACGCCAGCCCGGCCGGCGUCGUCCAGCCCAGCCAUCCCGAUACAGCAGCCACCUUCCGUCAGCCAGCCAUGGGCGCGACCGUCCACAGCCUUUACCGUCGGUUACGAGGUAACAUGUGAAUUCGCAGCUUGCGCUACUGACUGCCUACUCUCGUGCCGCCUGCAAGCCCACUCCGCCUUCCGCUCUGGUCUACGUACGCAUUAGUUCCGCAACACUCGUCAAUAACUUGGUUAUUUGGUUCUUGUUCUUGGUUUGACUUUUCAGCGGUAUCGGGUACAUGCCGUGGACACGCACCGACCUCGUUCCCCUCGGCCAGCCCUCCACCCGCCGCCCCACUCAGCUGUCAGCACGGCUCCCGCAGACCCGCACCCGGCCGGCCCCGGUCCCUGGACGGGUGUGGGGAACCGCACAGGGGUGGGUUUGCCUGUGUUCGUUAUCAAUUGCCGUAAACACAACUAUUUGCUCAUAUGCCACACAACGCUACACAACGCCACUCGACACGCUGCACUCGCUGCACGACGCUGCGCUUGAUAACCUGCCUAUUUUACGCAAACAUGAGUACGCCGCAUCUUAGCUUGCCCACGAUCGAGGAAGCCGCCGAAAGACUGGAAUGAUAUCAAAUCUAGCAAGCACCUUGGCAUGUCUGAUUACUUCAAGGACCUGUAUGUUCGGGUCAGCAUGACCGAUGCCGUGCUCGCGUCGACGAAUGGCAAGGUCGCUGAUAUCUACAUAGAAGCUGCUGAAAUGAUCACAGAGCUGCGCCAGGAAAUCGCGCAGAUCAAGGAGCGUCUAGAGUCGUCGCACCACGCAUCAACAUCAAACACUGGACGAGGACUACUGGACGUGGACGAGGACGAGGACUACUUUGAAGUGCUGAAGAACGUCACUAAGAUUGAUGCGGCGGCGGCGGAGCUGGGCGACUUCUCUUGGCUGCCGGGGCUGGCGCUCGAGGACGGCGUGCUGACCUUCGUGCGCACCCUGAGCGUGGCGUGCGGUUUCUGCAGCCUGGUCGUGCAGGUCGUAAAGGAGAAGCGGGAAGGGUUGCGCAAGCUUGCUAAGGUGUGGGCAAAGAAGAAGAACGUGGUGAUGGUCCCGUAUCUUUUUUUUGUUGUUGUUGUUGGUUAUCUGUCACGCCCAAGCAUGCUACUGCGGCAAGAGAGGACGGCCAUAUACAAGGGGCUGGCUGAGGCAGGAGCGGGGCCGAAGUGGACGGGCUCUGCUGACAUUGAGUACUUGAACGGUGAAGGCGAGCGAGUGUUGUUCCAAUUUUGAUCGUGAGGGCAGGGAUUAGGUGCUGUGUUUUGGGCGGCGGACGGCUGUGAUCGAGGCGGCGGAACAUAAACCACACAACGCACACAACGAACAUAACUUGCGACACAACGCACACAACUGAUUGUUUCUUUUCUCCGAAUACUUCUGUGGACUGCUAUGACAUUUUGGUGUUCAAGAGGCGAGGGGCCCGGUUAGUCUCGUUGCAGGGUCCGUGAUGACCACACAUCCACCUGUAACAACAUCAUCAU